AUGGCCACCGUAGUCCAAAAGUUAGACGCCGGCCCGCCGCCUGUGCGGCCUCUGAGUGUCAACGGUGUGCCGGGGAUCGAAAUGGACAUUGAUCGGCGAUCGAUGUCACCGUCCAUGAAUGGAGUUAAAUUUGGCAGCGGACCAAAGAGGGGCGAUACCCGGAUUGUGGUCAUUGUAUUUGGUCCUGGGCAAGAGAACAUUGUUUCGGUCUUUGCUGAUGUUCUGGGGAAAUCAUAUCGCCUAGCUGAUGGAUUCGGCAGCAUAUCAUCGACAGAUAAGGACGUUGUGAUUGGGAUGGCCGCAGACAAGGCAAAGGAGGAUAUCACUGCACGCGCCAAGAAUAUUGUGGUUGCCAUCAAUGCACAUAAUGUCAACCAAGGGAUGCCGCCGGAUGCCCAGCUAUCGGCCGAGUGUGAUUACGAGUUUCUGUACUCAGAGGCGCCCUUCUUUCGUCGCGACCUGUCACGCUUCACUUCCUUCGUCCUUGGUCAGAUUAAUCACCACGAGGCCUUGAUGGCAAAACCAAGGACCUACUUCAUCUCGACGACAUUUCCUGAUGUGCAUGCAGCAUUGCCUAACAUAGAUAUCCUCACAGUUGGCGCUGACGCUGUCGAGUUGCGCGUUGAUUUACUAAAAGAGCCGUUGAGCGAUGGUACAUUUGCCCCAGUUCCAAGCCUGAGCUAUAUUGGCGAGCAACUCAUGCUGUUGCGACAAAGGACCGAAUUGCCCCUGAUCUUCACAACUCGCUGCACAAAGGAGAAUGGGCGGUUCCCCAUGGACAAUCCCGAGCUAUACUACGAAUACCUGUAUCGAGCAAUCCAAUGGGGCGUCGAAUAUAUUGAUGUCGAGGUAUGGCUACCAGAAGCCAUUCGCCAAAGGCUGUACGAGCAGAGAGGCAAUAGCCGUAUCAUGUCAGCCUUUCACGAUUUCUCCUUCACCUUCAAAUGGCCUUCGGUUCAGGCACAAUCGAUUUUCCUCGAAUCACGGAAAUAUGCUGAUAUCGUCAAAAUGAUUGCCUUUAUCAAUGAGCACAACGAGAACUUUGAGAUGGAGUAUUUUCGGUCCAAGAUCCGAGCCGAGUACCCAGACGCGCCGCCCCUUUCGCUGGUGAACAUGGGCGAGACGGGACAGUUCUCCCGAACAUUGAACAAGGUCUUUACUCCAAUCACACACCCGCUCUUGCCCAUCAUUGCAGCUCCGGGUCAAAUGAGUGCUGCCGAGAUCAACGCUGCACUGUCUCUAUUGGGCCAGCUGCCAAAAAGAAAUCUGUAUGGCAUCAAUAGUCCAUCAUUGAGAGUCGCAGCGCCCCAGGCUCCUUUUUACGAAAAGUGCUUCAACGAACUCGGCUUGCCUCAUCAGUUCGCCGUCGUGGAACGACAGACACGAGGACCUUCAUGCGUCGAAGCCUGGUGUAAUCAAAAGGCGUUUGGCGGCGCAUACCUGAACCCUCCCGUGUCCUACACAAGCUUGAUGCACAAUAGUAAUGUCUUCUCACGACUCAGGAAUGGUGCGGGCCCUAUCCUAACGGAAGCGGCCCGCGUGAUCGGCAUGAUAGACACGAUCACGGUACGUUCAAGCUCGAAUCACGCACCUGAGUCGGCGCCGGCUUCCAUUCCAUCGAGCCCUACACGAAACGGCGAGGCACGUCACAGAUCGGUACUGUCACAGUCGAGCUCAGGGCUGCCUCCUCACUCGUCUCUAGUCUUUGAUAACGCGACUUGGCGUGGCAUACUCAGCACACUGACGCGUGAUCUUGCGCCGUCGGCUUAUUUUGGACGCACAGCACUGGUUCUAGCAACGAGCUCAGACGAUGCGGCGUCCGUCAUCUUUGCUCUCAAAGCCCUCCAGGUUGACAAGGUGUACACCGUCGGUUUCAAAACACCGGUUGCACUCUCAAGAGGUAUGACGAUUGAGCCUUUCAAUUCUCUAGAAAGCCUCCAGAGAGCGCGUAUGGUUGGGGACGAGGCGAGCCCAUUCGUUAUUGUCUCUGCCCUAGGCCCUGAAAAGGGUAACAUUGUAGGCAUGCUACUGCGUGUCUUUGGAGGCACAAGGAGUCCUUCCUCUACAAACACCCGUAAGGUCUUCCUCGACCUAGCAGAUGGACCUAGAAAGAGUGAUCCAGGCACUAUUGCCGAGCAGAGUGGAUUUGCUGCUUAUGGGGUCGCUGACGUUGCAGCAUUUACGACCGUUGAAUCACUCAGGCAACUCGUCGGACAGAAUGUGCCAUAUAGUUUUGUGCGCCUAGCCAGUGGACGCGGCAUCUUCUAA